CUCUUGUCGCCAUUUUAAGAAGGAUCUGUGUAUAGUUUCAUUAUUUUGUACAGUUGUUUUCUUUAUUGGUAGUGUAAAAUAUUCAGUCGAGAUGUCGACUACCGGAAUGGACAGUAAUUUAUAUGCUUCUAAAGUAUCAAAUAUGAUCGUUAAUAAGAGUUUAUUUGCUGAAUUGAGUAAACAAUACAGAUCACUGCCCGGAGCGGCGGGCUUGAACGACAUUGGAAAUGUUGAUGAAUGCACACAAACGCCAGGGAGCAGUUCGCCUUUGGAACAAGUUAGAAGAGAUGCAGAAGUUAUUGCAAAUGAUGUUGUAUUAACAUUCGGUGCAGAUGAAACCAAGAAAGCUACAAACAAAUAUUGCAAAACAAUGCGCAGAACUGUGAAAGAAAUCUCAGAGCGACAUGACAUUUCAUUCAAGGGUAUGGUAAACAAGCUCAAAGUUGAGGAAUCAGGACGUACUUUUGAGACAUUUGUUAAUGUGGCAGAUGAAAUUUUUGAUGAUGGUCAAAUAAAUUGGGGAAGAAUUGUCGCAGUUUAUGCUUUUGCAGCUCGUUUAGCCAACUAUUGUCGCCAGAAAGAUUUAAAUGAUUGCCCAGAAAAGGUUUCCUUAUACGCUGGGAAAUAUGUGGGAAGUAAAUUAGGGAAAUGGAUUUUAGACCAUGGAGGCUGGGAUGCUUUUGUGGAAUUUUUCCCUGAUCAUGGUGAAUUUGAAGAAAAAGUAUGGAAAGGUCUCCUGUUUACAGCAGUUGGUUUGGGAGCUCUAGCUACAGUCGUUGCUUCUCGGUAGAUAUUAUUUCAACCAUUGUACGACUUUAUAUUUAUAGAUUUACAAAAUACCGGUUUCAGAUCUGAAAUGUGGCGUAAGUGUGUGUAUGAAUGUAUUCAAAGAUUGAUGGCUA